AUGGCCCAGCGGCAGCUGAAGCGGCCGGCGCCAGGCAGCGCCGCGCUGCUUGCUGGCGUGGACGGGGACUUGGGCGGGACUACGGUUGCGGUUGGAUUGGUCUCAGCUGACGGCCAGCUCCUCACCAAGCUGGUCGAGGCUGUUGGCGAGGACCACCAGCCCGAAGGCAUCGUCAAGCGCAUCUCUGGCCUUAUCAAGGAGGCCUUGCGCCAGGCCGGAAGGUCUUGGUCGGAUGUCCAGGGCCUCGGGGUCUGCACCCCGGGGCUCUUGGACCUCUCCGCCGGGGUGGUGACUGCGGCCAACCUCAAGGGUUGGACCAAGGUGCCGCUGGUGAAGCUGCUCUCCCAGGAGCUCGGCUGGGAAGCGUGCCGCGUGACUUUGGAGCACGACACCAACAGCGCCCUCCUGGCCGAGGCCUGGGUAGGGGCAGCCGUUGGCCUGGAAAACAUUGUGCUGCUCUCUUUGGGCACUGGCAUCGGCGCCGCGAUCAUAUGCGAUGGCCGACUUCUCCGUGGCAGCCGCGGCCAAGCCGGUGAAGUAGGACAUGCCAUCCUCGUCCCAGACGGCCGUGAGUUCGGCCGAAGCGGUGUGGCGGGAAUCUUCGAAGGCUACGCAAGCGCCAGUGCCGUGGUGGCACGUGCCAAGGAGGGGAUGGUUCCAGAAUCAUCGCUGAGCAAACUCCAGGCCUUGGACUGCGAGGAUGUCUUUGCUCACGCAGCGAAGGGCGAUGCCUAUGCCAAGGAGCUGGUGCGAGAAACCGCGAGGUACCUGGCGAUCGGAUGCAUCAACUGCUGCCGCUUCGUGGAUCCGUCUGUGAUCUUGCUGUUGGGACAGCACGUUCUCUGGCGGACUGGCCGAGGCUGGGGAGAGCUUGCUCCAAGAGGUCCGGAGGCAGAGGGCUCCGCCCUCUUCAACUUAUGCGCCAGCGAUGGCGGCUUCUGGAAUCCGAUGGGCGGAUGUGCGACCGCGCUGCGGACUGGCAGAGAAGGCCAGAGAUCGGAAGACGGUGGGCGAGACGAGUACAUUUACAUGUCACGCCGCGCCACAGAGAGCCGCAUCGUUUCGCAGAUGUCUGGCCGGUCGGCGCUCGCAUCGGUGGUCGCUGUAGCGAUGAUGGUAUACUGGCAGCCUGAUCACGCAGGUGACUCUCAGCCGCUGGCGGCGGUGCCGGGAUCUUCCGGCCGUCUUGCAGCAGCUGGCGCUGCAGCUGCCGUGGGCCUCGCUGCCGCUCAAGGGGCUUCAACGCAGUCAAAGGCGGCGGAGGAUGGUAGCACUUUGGUCACCUCUGUGCUGAACCUGGCAAAGAACAUCAUCGGGGCCGGCAUGCUCUCGCUGCCUGUCGCUCUCCGAGGUGCCGGCCUAGCACCCUACGUGGUGGGCAUCACACUGGCCGGAGCCCUCAAUGCCUACACCUUCUUCCUGCUGGGCUGGUGCUGCGAGGUGACCGGUGCCAGCACUUUCGGCGAGCUCUGGGCGAAAUGCUUUGGGCAACAAAAUGCCUGGAUCGCCGAUGUUUCAGUCCUGAUGAACAACAGCAUGGCCUGCCUUGCGUACUGCGUCUUGAUGGGAGACUUCUUCUCCAAGGCCUUGGCAGGAUUGCUUCCAGACUGCCCGCUGCUUCAUGGUCGUGGUGUCGACCUGUGCAUCAUUGGCCUUUGCCUGUUGGUGCCCCUGUCCUUGAUGAAGGACCUCGCCCCGUUGAGAUAUGCAUCCAUCGCAGGCCUUGCAGCCACGGCCUACGUCUUUCUGAUGCUCUUGAAGGACUCCGUCAGCUCCGCACGAUGGGGUGAGGAUGGACCGCUGGCGAGCAACGUGUCGCCCAUGCGCCUCGACUUCUUCGAGGCCUUGGCGCUCUUUGGCUCGGCCUUCAUGGCCCACUACAAUGCGCCGAAGUUCUACGCUCAACUGCAGGAGAAGUCAGUGCCCAAGUUCGCCGUUCUGGUGUGCAUGGCGUACGGCUUGGCUCUCGUUGUCUUCGUCGCCUUCGGAAUGUGCGGCUUCGCCUUGUUCGGCUACGACUCGGAAGGCAACAUCUUGAAGAACUAUGGCUUCGGUCCGGAAGUGAUGCUGGCCUGGCUCAGCAUGGGCUUCUCCGUGGCCUUCACAUACCCGCUGGUCUUCAGUGGCUUCCGCGACUCCUGUGCCUCCCUGCUGAGUGGCUUUGGCAUCGCCGAAUCUAGCAGCUUCCGACUGAGCUUCACCCUCGUGGCCGUGGCUGCCACGAUCUUGGGUGGAACGAUCUUUAGCAACGUGGCGCAGGUGAACGGCGUCAAAGGUGCCAUCCUCAGCCCUUGCCUGGCUUUCAUCUACCCGGCGGCCAUCCAUCUCAGGUCCACGGCGAAGGACAAGGAUGCUCCGGCUUCCCUGGUGGCGAUGCGGCGGGGAAGUUACGGCCCGGCGCCGAGAGGCAGCAGAUACCAGCAGCAGAAGCAGCAGAAGUUGCCGGUCCCUCGCGCUCCUGUGAGCUUGUUUCUGCUGCUCACUGCACUUUCAAGCGGCGCCUCUCGUGACCCUUCCCGGCCUUGUCGAAGCCAGGCCCUUAGUGCCUUGGUCUUCCUGGGCCCAGAACCUCCCCUCACCUCCCUCCUCCCAGACUCCCAGAUCAGAAUAGGAAUUGCGCUUUCUUGA